AUGUCCACGUUGGUCCCGCCAAAUGUCCCAAACGUCGUACUAAAGUCGCGCCAAUAUCCACUCGCGCGGCAUCCACCAUCCUCGAUGGUCGUGGCGGAGAAGCGCGAUAAGACGCUCUGCGUGCUCAUCACCGGCGCCAGCCGGGGCAUCGGGCUCGAGCUGGUCAAGCAGUACCUGCUGAGGGUCGGGCGCGGCAACUACGGCCGCGGCGGUCACGUCAUCGCGUGCGCGCGAGAUCCGGACAAAUCGAUGGACCUCCUGCGAUGCUUCACCGUCGACUACGUCUCCUACGAGCUCGUCCCGCUGGACGUGACCGAUCCCGGAUCGUUCGGAGACCUGCACGAGCACCUCCAGGACCUCGAUCGCAUCAAGGAGAUGGACGGCGUCGCGCAGAAGAUCGACAUCGUGUUCAACAACGCCGGAGUGGCGCUCGGCAGGGACUGCUCGUUGGGCACCGUCGACUACGACGCGUGGCGAACGUCGUUCGACACGAACGUCAUGGGCGCCGUGCGGGUGGUGGAGACGGUGCUCCCUCACCUCGCGGACGACGCCACCAUCGUGAACGUCUCCAGCGGCCUCGGGAGCAUCGGGCGGGUGGCGAACGGCGGUUUCAACACGCUCACCCAGGACGUCAUCUAUCGCUCCACCAAGGCUGCGCUGAACAUGACCACCGCGUGCUGCGCCGCGGAGCUCAGGGCGCGCGCGCCGGACAAGGCGAUGAAAGUCGUCAGCAUCGACCCGGGGUGGGUGAACACGGACAUGGGCAGCCGAGGCGGGACGGUGAAGCCGCCGCUGGAGCCCGAGCAGGUGGUGCGGGGAAUGAUCGACGUCGUGGCCAACCUCAAACCAGAGGACAGCGGCAAGUUCCUCAGCUGGGAAGGCGAGGAGAUGCCGUGGUGA